AUGGUGGACAGCAAUGGCCUCCUCUUUAGCUCCGAAGUCAACGACACGGCGAUACGUGCGGUGGCUGCCAACAAGCGAUUCAUCGUGCUAUGUGCAGAGGAUAACAAUGCGCGGGUCUUCGAUACGAAGGGAAGCCUGCUGCAGACGCUGCAAACAGCACAGAAGACGCGCAACGUUGCCAUCUUCGACAGAUAUGUGGCCACGGGCGAGAAGAAUGGCCUUGGUGAGCUCUUUGACCUCGGCGAGAAGAAGAAAUCCGGGUCACUUCUUUGUACCCUGCAAAGCAAAGGCAAAGUGUCAGUCACCAUGUACAAUGUGGACAUUUGCAGCACUUCAGUGAUGUUGUCGUCCAGCAGACCAUAUGGCAUGAAGGCUGACGACAAGGACAAACGUCUUCAAGUGGCGCAGUUGUACAACUUGGAGGGGACGCUCCAGCAUUCCUUCGUUCAUGGAGCGAUGAUUGGCCGCAUGGGCAUUUGCGUUUCGGAGGACUAUGCCGCCACGAGUGGUGAAGAUCAAGUGGUGAAGGUAUGGUCGACGAAAACGGGCGAACUUGUCCUGCAACUUCCGGCUGAAAAGGGUCGAAGCCCUGGAGUGCGCUUCAAGAACCACCAACUCUACGUGUCAGGCACCCUGGAUGUCUUGGUCUACACGUUGCCCAGUGGCACCUUGGAACGUCGCCUGGAAAUGGAGGCUGCAGCAUCGCCCUCCUCCCCGUGCUCGCCGCAAGCCACGAACACUUCGGGGACACUGCGGGCCACGCCUGUGACGUAUCCGCGGCUGGCCUUAGCUGGGAACUAUGUCGUCUCGGCCAGCGAAACUCGGGUGGCGACCGUUUGGACCUUGCUGGACGGCAAGCCCUUGUGCAGCAUCGUGGAUGAGCGUCGCGACUUCUACGCAGCGGUGGGUGGAGAUCGUUUGGUGUUGAUCGCUGGGAAGAUGCUGAAAAUCUACGACCUCACCGUGCACUCAGGCUACAAACGCGCCUAUUCUGAGAGCCUGGGGAUGAGUUUGGACUACCUGAUCGACUCUACUCAGUUCACGGAAGUGGCGCAAACGGCCAGCCAACAGGAGGAUCCCAACUUCCACCAGCUGGCGCCGCUGCUGGCGUACGGCGACCAUGCGCUGGGCCGCAGCGCCGUGUGUCCGCGCGAUGGUCGACUGGGCUGCGCGUUGGUGGACGUCUUGCCCUCGGGUCCGGCGACCCACUUUUUGUCGUGGGCCUGGGGCUACAGUUUGAUGACGGUGGUCCUGGCUCUGCGGCACUGGUGCGCGGAGUCCAAGAUUGAUGCCACGCAGACCUUCAUUUGGAUCUGCUUUUUCUGCAACAACCAGGAGCGAAUCCUGAAGGAAAAGACCAAAGAAGGUUCGGAUGACUUGGAGAGCACCUUCCAGUCGCGGCUGCAGUCCAUUGGCCGCGUGCUGGUGCUCUUCGACGAGUGGAGCAAGCCGGCGUACCUGACCCGCGUUUGGUGCAUCUUCGAAACCUUCGUGGCCGCGCGUGCGUCCAUCAGCUACACCCUGAUCUUUCCCCCAGAGUCCUCCAAGUCACUGCAUGAGACACUGCAGCGGGGGAUGCAUCUGGAAGUCACCAAAGAUUGGAGCAGCAUCGACGUCGGGCAAGCUCGUGCCUCGCGGCCCGUAGAUGAAGAGAAGGUGAAGGGCCUCAUCACCAGGACCUCAUCGUUCGAGGAGGUCAACACAGUGGUGAAGAGCCAUUUGGUUGGCUGGUUCAAGAAACAGUUUGAGGUCAUCUUCGAGAAGGGCGUUCAGGAAGGGCUCAGCAGUUCGGGCUGCCCCCACUGUGCUGUGAAGGAAGACGAACUCGCCACGCUGCGUGCGCAGCUGCAGGAGCGCGACGCCGAGCUCGCGCGCCUUCGCGAGUUGCUGCCCGCCGGCGGCGCCACGGCCGCGGCGCGAAGCGCGGCGUCCCGCGGUGAGCCGCGCUCGACGUCGCCGGAGGUGACGAGUCUGGCGCAGAGCUUGGCGCGGAGCACUUCGCGCGACGAAGUGCUGGAGGGAGGAGAAGAGUUGCUGCUCCAACUGAUUACGACGAACAGAAGCUGCAGUUGUCGCUUGGAACGCCGAGGGAACGCCGAGGGCCUGUCGUUGUUGGGAAAACCCACCGGUGAUAGGCUGGCAGCAGCGUUGAUCGAAGAGCUGAAGCCCAAAGAGGCCAGCGAUGUUUUGGGCCUGCUCAGGCCUAAAAACGUGGCGUGGCAAAGACCCCACGAGGUCGCCAUGCGCAGCCGUAGCAUCGUCACCGUGGGCGUCGUGGGUCUCUUGGGCUUCGGCGUGCUGUGCUUCGUGCCUCCGAGCGAACAAGGCGUGACCUCUGCGCGUCGUGCCGCCUUGCUGGGCGCCGUCUCAGCAGUGACCCUGGCGGGGCAGAAGGCGGAGGCCUUCGGGAAGAACCCUUCGGACUGGCUGGGAUACUACAAGGACCCUCAGCACCCCAUGUGCCCUCGCAAGAUCAAGUACGACCCUGCUGUGAAAACCGGCAUGAUCGUGGAGGGUGGGGAUGGCGAUCCCGGCUGCGAAAAGAAGGUGCUGACCCCCUUCCGCGCCCCUGUGACCUUCACCCCGGACAGCGACAGCAUCACCAUCGACUUCACCUCGAAGGGCGGCCCCGCGGACGUGGUUGGCAAAUGGGAGAACGGUGGCAUUGUCUUCCCUGAUGGCAACAAGUGGAAGAAACUCUUCGGACUCUCCGUGGAUGUCGCUGGAUUUGAGGAGGCGGCUUGUGAGAAGCAUGAUGGCCACAGCAUCAAAGCUAGGGCAGCCUUUCAAUGUCAAACCAGCAUCUUGUUGGUUCCUGGUUCAAACCUUUGUGCUGAAUCGGCCGUGCUUUGCCAGGCCCGCAGAAGCUCCGUCCUGACGUUGGCGCUCCUUGCGACGCUCUUGGUGGCCAUUGAGCGUGCCUCAGCCCGCCGUGCAGCGUUGCUGGGCGCGGUGUCUGCCACGGUGGCAACGGUGGCGGAGGACAAAGCGGAGGCGUUCGGCAAGAACCCUUCGGACUGGCUGGGAUACUACAAGGACCCACAACACCCCAUGUGCCCUCGCAAGAUCAAGUAUGACCCUGCGGUGAAAACGGGCAUGAUCGUGGAGGGAGGCGAUGGCAACCCUGGCUGCGAAAAGAAGGUGCUGACCCCCUUCCGCGCCCCUGUGACUUUCACCCCGGACAGCGACAGCAUCACCAUCGAUUUCACCGAUAAGGGCGGCCCUGCGGACCCCGGGCUCAGGGGCUGUGGCUGA